CCCCCCCCCCCACAAGUCCCUUUAAACUAAUGUUGUCGAGAUCGAGAUUUGUGGUCAGUACUAAAAAUAGACUUCUAAAAAUACCCAUUAUUACAGGUACUGUAUUGAUUUACGUACAAAUGUACAAUUAUGUACGAGGAUAUACACGUUAACCCAGGUUGCCAGAAAUAAAUGACUAAGUGCCGUCUUUAAAGUUCCUCCUGAUUCAGAGACUUCCAAGACAUAAUGGCCGACGGUGAGACCGGCCCGUGUGACCCAGACUUUAGUGACCUCCCGACGAUGAUCUGGGUCAACACACUAAGUCGCCUGGACCUGAAAACCAGGUACAAAGUCUCUAUCACGUGUUCCAAGCUAAACGAAGCCUUCCACCACCCCACCCUGUGGAGCCGGAUGACCUUGUACCUGAUCGGGAAUAUGACCAAUUACGGCUGGGUCAAACAGUCUGUAGUGCCCGCACGCAAUAUGCAACUGGUCAAACAUUUCGGGAAAUAUUUUCAAAACCUUACUAUUGUAAUUAGCGGAUAUUUAGAUGAUGACUUCGGGAAUUGGAACAACCUCAUUGCGGAAGUUGCCAACAAAUGCCGACUGGAAUCUCUGAAGCUGCGUGUUGGAACAGCUACAUCGGUCUAG